GGCAUCGAUAACUGCGUUUUAAUAAUUGCUGCCUGUGCUGCUAAAUUGUGUCACGGCUAUAAACCGUUUGCUCGUUGCUGAGCUUUGAGACAGCUUUGCUUGCAGCAAUCCACCAGCCCUGUAAUCUUCAUAUGUAGCGUUUGUAGAUCUGUAUUUAGAUGCACUUUUACUAGACGACAGAAACACCGCUUCACGUCUGAGACGCAGCGUCAUCAUGCUGCGGUCGUUGGAAGGCAGCGAUGCCAGUGUUCAAGGGACAAACGAUGAUGCCCAAGUUAGCAAACUGUCUUGCGCCAAAGCAGGCUACUUUCGCGAUGAGUUCAUUCAAUACUUCGUGAGGCGAGCAUCGCGGCGCUCUCCUCUCAUCAAUCGAGGCUACUACAGCCGCCACGCCGCGCUACGUCAGCUGCUGGAGUCCUUCCUGGCGGCUGCGGAGGCGGCGGGGCAGCAGCCUCAGGUGCUGGUGCUGGGUGCGGGGUACGACACCACGUGGUUCCAGAUGCGCAAGGAUCGCGGCCGGCUGCCGUACAAGUGCCUCGAGGUGGACUUCAAGGAGGUGACGCAGCGCAAGGCCGCCAUCAUCGCCAGGGAGCCCGCGCUGCACGGCCUGCUGCUGCCGGGGCGGCGGGGCGAGGGGGAGGAGGAGGAGCAGGAGGGUCAGCAGCAGCAGCAGCAGCAGCACGGCAGCGCUGCCACCCCCGCAGCUGCAACAACAGCAGCAGGCCAACCGUCGUCCGCUUCACCCUCACACAACAUGCCACCACCACCGCCACCAGCAGCAGCAGCACCAGCAGCAGCAUUCCGCUCCUCCCAGCAGCCGCAACCGGGCUCUCGAGCAGGGCCCGGUCCUCAGCCCUCGUCCUCCUGCCCUGCAGGACCCGCAGCAGCAGCAGCCGCAGCACUGCAGUCAGCAGCACCGGGGUCAGGGUCGGGCGCCGCGGGCGUAGCACCCUCCUCCUCCUCCUCAUGCACGGAAGAGGCGGUAGCAGGGGCGCCAGGGGCGGCGGCUCCCAGACAGGAGGGUGUAGGGCAGCCGGCAGCUGGUAGCAGCAGCAGCAGCGGAGGAGGAGUCGGAGGGGGAGUCGGAGGGGGAGGAGGCGGGGGUAUCCUGGUUGACCCGCACGGCGGCCAGGUGCUGAGCGGCGGCUACUGCCUGCUGCCUGUGGACCUGCGGGAGGAGGGGGCGCUGGCGGGCGCGGCGGGGCGCGCGGGGCUGGACUGGAGUGCUCCCACGCUGGUGCUGUCGGAAUGCGUGCUGGUCUACAUGGAGCCGGGGCACAGCGACAUGGUGGUCAGGUGGGCUGCGGGCGCAUUCCCCAAUGCGGUCAUGGCCAUAUACGAGCAGAUCCGUCCCGACGACGCGUUCGGCCGCCAGAUGAUCUCCAACCUGGAGCUGCGCGGCUGCCCGCUGCGGGGGCUGCAUGCCACCCCCACCCUGCAGUCGCACUGCCAGAGGCUGCUCCGCAACGGCUGGGGCUGGGCUGACGCUCGCGACAUGGACGAGCUGUACCGCCGCUUCCUGGCGGCCGGGGAGCGGGCGCGGGUGGAGCGGCUGGAGCUGUUUGACGAACUGGAGGAGUGGCACAUGAUACAGGAGCACUACUGCAUCGCGUUGGGGCGCAACAACCGGGAUGGCUGGCUGGCUGGGGUGGGCUUCGACACGCCCCCUGCCGCCGCCGCCACCACGCUGGAAGCCCCUUCUUCCGUGCCGGGAGCAGUGACCCGUGGGUCACUGCCGUUGCACGCAGGCGCCGAGAGGCGCCUUCCCAUCGUUGACUGAUAUAUGCGUGUGGCGGCGUGUUGGCAUGCUGUGUCAGGUUGACCCCAGUGUACCCGAUACUGGCUGUUUGCUACAACGACGAGGACGUUCCCGGUGUACUGGUCAACUAAGUCAAGUCGAAGUUAACACCGGCUAGGUUGCUAGCGGGUUUCUACGUUCUCCACAUCCUCCAGCCUCCCGGGCGGCCCGGUGCUGUGAGUAGUAGUAGGUAUGACUACUCUCGGGUCUAUGGCGAGCUUGUGCGUGUGUGUUAUGAGAAAGCUGGCGUCGAGUUGGAACGUACCGGUGCUGUGAUUGCCGGAAGAUGAAGUCCCCACAGAAACGCCACCUGUACAGCGGACAGCGAUGUUGCCAUGCAGCUUACCGCUAUGCUGCGGCUGAAUGAUGUACCGGUUUGGGCUUCUACCCAGGCAUGUACCCGGGUGGAGGUCGUGGCAGAGGUUAUAGAGGGCGGGGGGAUUGAAACGCACCGUUAGGCUGGCUGGCUGGCUUGCAUGCUGCCCCGGAAUCUGUCUGGCUAUCAGUUAUCAGGUUGUUUGCUCCUACGACCUGGGGAGUAAAAACGAACAAGUCGAUGAGCUGUAUGACAAGAGGGUUCAGAGAGGGUUACGACAGCUGGGGAGAGGGCGUUGGGUUGUGUGUUGCUGCACGUCAUUGGGGUUAA